AUGUCAUCAGAAACUCCACAAGUAGAGAAGAAAUCCAGCUUCGCAGGACCACGUUCGGCCAGGAUGGAAGCCAAGGAGGUCACAUUCAAGUUUCCCAUUCACUCACAAUCUGGUGCUUCAGCAGAAACAACUUCAAACGAAAGUGAACGUCUAAUGGAGAGUGAUGAUGAAGGAGGAAAUAUUCAGAUUGAUGUUCCACCCAGAGCUCGGAUGGGAAGAAGAUUCACUCUAAACCCUUUAAUAUUUGCCAAAGAGGAACGAGAAGCUCGUCGACAAUCAUUGGCUCAAUUAAAGCUCAGUUAUUAUCCGAAACAUAUGAAUCCAGAUUCAUAUGAUGCUGGAUUGGGCUUCUGUGGUUGGCUGUUCAUGUUCAUUUCAUGGAUUCUCGUCUUAUUAUCCUUUCCUAUUUCAAUUAUGUUCUGUAUCAAAGUAGUUCAAGAGUAUGAAAGAGCAGUUAUCUUCCGAUUGGGAAGAUUGAUUGGUGGAGGAGCCCGUGGGCCGGGUAUCUUCUUCGUCUUACCAUGUAUAGAAUCAUAUACGAAAGUGGAUCUGCGUACCGUCUCCUUCAGUGUUCCACCUCAAGAAAUUCUGACAAAAGAUUCUGUCACGACUUCUGUUGAUGCUGUUGUCUACUACAGAGUCAGCAACGCGACUGUGAGUGUCGCCAAUGUUGAAAAUGCUCACCAUUCCACAAGAUUGCUAGCUCAAACGACUUUAAGAAACAUGCUGGGUACACGAAAUCUCGCUGAAAUCCUCUCGGAUAGAGACGCUUUAGCUAUCUCCAUGCAGACACUCCUUGAUGACGCAACCGAAAGCUGGGGAAUUAAAGUUGAGCGAGUCGAAAUCAAAGAUGUUCGUUUGCCCGUUCAACUACAAAGGGCUAUGGCAGCAGAAGCAGAAGCAACUCGAGAAGCUCGAGCAAAAGUUAUCGCUGCUGAAGGAGAACAGAAAGCUUCACGAUCUUUACGUGAUGCUGCAAAUGUUAUCGCUUCAUCUCCCGCUGCUCUACAGCUUCGUUAUCUCCAAACACUUAACAGUGUCGCAGCAGAAAAAAAUUCGACGAUCAUCUUCCCACUACCGAUGGAAUUGAUGAGACACUUCAUUGAUUCAUAG